UUAGUUAUUGUUGCCCGUUUCUUUCUCCGAGCUGUGUUCCGAAAAGGUCUCCAGAAGUCAGCUGUUACUUGGAUAUUGGGUUUUGUUUUGUCUUUUGGAGGUCACUAACCACCCGACAACAUGCCAAUGUACCAGGUAAAGCCCGUCAUUGGGGGUGACAUAAAGAUUGAUUUGCCAACCUGCAUGUACAAGUUGCCGAAUAUCCACGUGCAGGAAAGUGCAAGUUGCUGCUCGGAACAUGCGCUUCAGAACAAAGGAACAGACGAGCACCCUGUAGUUAGAGCCCUCGAGGCACGUCAGGAUGAAAUUAUGCGUAGGCUCUAUGAGCUGAAGGCAGCUGUGGACGGCCUGGCUAAAACCGUGACCACACCUGAUGCUGAUGUGGACCUGACAGUGACCACUCUCUCCCAGAGCCCUGUAACCACAGCCUUCAGAGGAACCUCAGACCUGGACACCCUAUUGGGCAAGGAUCUUGGUGCCCUCCGUGACAUUGUGAUCAAUGCCAACCCGGCGCAGCCACCCCUUACGCUGCUUGUGCUCCAUGCAAUGCUCUGUCAGCAGUACCGUGUGCUCUCCAGCGUCCAUGUGCACUCUUCAGUGUCUGCUGUUCCCACACAGCUUCUCUCCUGCCUGGGGCUACGUCAUGCAGACAGCUACCUUCGCCAGCGCUUCCAGCUGGGCUUUACUCUUAUAUGGAAAGAUGUACCCAAGCUUCAGAUGAAGUUUAGCAUCCAGAACAUGUGCCCAAUAGAGGGCGAAUCCAAUGUGGCACGCUUCCUGUUUCGCCUCCUGGCCCCCUAUCCCAGCGACCCUGCACUGGCCACAUUGGUGGACAGCUGGGUGGACACUGCAUUUUUUCAGCUGGUCGAAGGUAGCACCAAGGAGCGGGCGGCAGUCCUUCGUGCCCUCAACAGUGCUCUCGGCCGCAGCCCCUGGCUUGCUGGGCCAGAGUUCUCAUUGGCUGAUAUUGCCUGCUAUUGUUGCAUCCUCCAAACAGGCCCUCCCUCCUCCACUCCAGCUAAUGUGCAACGCUGGCUUAAAGCGUGUGAGAACCUGGGCCAUUUUCGCCUUGCCCAGCUUCUGCUGCAGUAAACACAUCUCAUGUUGCUCAGAGAAGGGUAGGUAUAUUUUACCCCCUAAUAUACUGAUCCAGAAUCAGAUAUUGCCCCAAAUCUCCCUUUAUGGGAACAUUGCUUUGGGUGAGAUGUUCUAAUCCUAGAUUUAUAUGUAAGGGUGACUUUUACCUCAGGUGCUACCAGGGCAAAGCCUGUGAGGUUUACCUAUCUCUGCACUGUGCUUGAAACAAGAGCAAGGGGACGUUACAAAAAUGUAAUAUGUGGGCCAUAUGAGAAUACUUUUUAAGUGCUUUUUUCCUCACUUGGUCCAUGUCCGAAUACUUUUUAAAGGCUGUCUUUCUCACUUGGGUAUCAUUUUAACUGACUGAAGAUUUACUUUUUUCAUUUAGCAGACGCUGCUAUCCACAGCAACAUAAAGUAGUGAAGUAGUAAACAUUGCUUUCACCAGUUAAGUAAAUGUGGAAUCUUGAUUUCUCAAUCACAGGUAGCUUUUUAUGAUGAUUUGGAAGCUGCCAUGGUCCAAAGUGAGUAUGAGAAAUGCUGUAAACACCCACACACAGAUCUAUGUACCUCCUACCACUUGCAUAACAGGAUGUACAAACUAGAUGCUGAGUGUCUGUGUGUGGUAAUAGGUAUUACUUACUGUUUAUCAAACAAAGUGUGUGGAAAAGUGAUACAACUGAGCCCACUGAUGUGAUUUAUGACCAGUAAGGUUAAUACUUUGUGUUUCUUAAAAUAUAUUAAAAUGUCCACUUUGCAUUAAACUUCCGAAAUGUG